CCACCUUUCGAGGCCCCUCCGCCAGCUGGCCGGUCACGUGACCCACCUCUUCUGGUCACGGUCGCCGAGCUCGAGCACGGACGAAGCCACGUGCGGCGCCAACUCGGCGAUGCUGCUGAACUGUGCUCGACGCGCUGACGUGUGGCCGGGGUGGGUCCCGACUCCGUCACGUGGCGUUGCAGACCGGCAGCAAGCAUUACUAUCUGAGCCUACUGGGAGACCAGGCCCAGAUUAACCUCCACGUGCCGUUCAGGGAGGACUUGCCUCGUUGUUCUUGCAGGCUAUUCUACUACGACCUCGAGGACAUAUUGGUAAAUUACCCGCGCAACCUGGCGUGGUCCGUACACAGACCGUCGCUGAUAAUGGGCUCGUCGGAUCGGAGCCUGUACAACGUGCUGCUCACGCUCGCCACGUACGCACUGAUCUGCAGGCACGAGCGGGCCCCAUUCCUGUUUCCCGGCUCCUCGUACAUGUGGCGCCACUUCUGCGACGUCUCAGACGCGGACCUGAUAGCGAGCCAGCAAAUCUGGGCGGGGACCACUCCGAGCGCGGCGAACCAGGCGUUCAACUGCGUCAACGGCGACGUGUUCACGUGGAGAAGCUUCUGGAAGGCUCUCUGCGAGUUGUUCCGCGUGGAGUUCGUGGAGUGCGAGUCGGAGGGCGGGGCGCCCGACUGGAGCAGUAGGAUGGCGGGGAAAGGGCCGGUUUGGGCCGAGAUCGUGGAGGAGAACGGGCUGAAGAAGACCAGGUUGGAGGAGAUCGCCUGCUUCGGGGCUGUUGGGUGUAUACUGAACUUUGGGUUCCAGCACGUGAGCUGCAUGAACAAGAGCAGGGAGUAUGGGUUUGUUGAGAGCGUGGAUACUUUGAAGAGCGUGGCCAAAUGGGUGUUUAGGCUCAGGGAAAUGGGUGUGAUCCCUAGAGAUUGAGCGAGAUGGCCGGAGUAAUUCUAUCGGAAACCUGCACGUAGCUAAUAAAUUCUCGGAGGCUUCUUGCGGCUUUCGAAUUUAUUGAUAUUUUCUAGGUGUUUGGCUUUAUUAUUAUUAUUGUUAUCUGUACUGAUGAACUGUUCCUACUUGGAAUUAUGGUUGUUUGCGAUAAUUUAA